AUGAAUGGCACUCGGCGAUUCUCGGCGGCGCCGGUGAACUUUGACCGCUUCAUCGCGCUCGCCCGCUCUUACUCUCGCAGUUUGUCUCCUGACAAAGAGCUUGAUCAAAUACUGCGACCGUUUCAGGGUCGGACAGCGGCGUCGGCAAGCACUGCCACUCGCGAGUCCACAGCCAGUAGAGUGGCGACUCCGCAGCCGCGUCAUCAGCAGAUGCGCAAGGGUGAGCUCAUUGACAAGGAAUUCGUUUCGACGGAGGUGCGAGACGGGAAGCCGUACUGGGGGACCGCCCAGUCCGUCGCCAUAACGCGGAACGCGACGGCGGCCAAUACAGGUUCUUCCACUCGUGCCGCUACGUCAGCGUCGCGCAGUGUCUCCAGCGUCGCUGCCGCGACGUCCUCUGCCGUUUCGACAGACUCCUCUCACCUCGUCCACAACGGCUACCCGGUUGGGGAGGAGACACAGGAGUUGGGGCCGGGUUCGUACUCUGCAGACGAAGUGGACCCCUUCCUUCAAGCGGCCAUGCAGCUGGGCAGCCCCCUCUACGACCCUGUCAAGCGGCAGUUUGUUUGUUGGCAGCUACACGUUCUCGAGAAGCGCCCACGCACUGCCUACGGCGGUGUUGAAGGCGUCAGCUGCGACUUCUGCGGCCACACCGAUUGGCUUGAUGGGGUGGCCGAGCUAGCGACGACCUCUCCGUCAGUGAGCGCAACGGUGGUGAAAGCUGAAGAAGGGAAAAGCGAUGCUAAAGCGGCCUCAGCAGCGGCAUCUUUCUCUGCGCGCGCGCGCUUUUUCUACAACUGCCCCGUCUGCCAAGUGGACAUCUGUCAGGCAUGCUUGGAGGAGGUGCGGUCCGAUGAGCGUCUGCACGUGCCAUGCUUUCAGUGUCAGCGCUGCGGAGGCUACGACGACGUCGAAAGGAGGACAGGCGUGCAGGCGUUGCUGACAUCGUCGAGCAGCAAUGUGGACGCUUCACAGGCACUGCCAGGGGCACCCGCGGCGGCGUCUCCAAAGUGCAGGGGCGUACCGGUUGGGAGGCCGGUGCGUCUGGGCCUCUGCCGACGCAACCAGCAAGCGGUGAAAGGGCUGGCAGCGCCGGAGACAGAGAUCGCCGCUCAUGCCGAGAAGGUGGCCAACGCGGCCCUUCACCGUAAACGCAAGCGAGCUUCUCCAGAAACGGCCCCCGUGCCCAAGCACCGGCCCGAUAAGACGACCAACGACACCGCAGAGGUGUUUCGUCUCGGUGACGUCAGCGACAAGUCGUGCCGGAAGGUGAGGCGGGCGUCUGCGGGCGCUUUGCCGAAACCUGCACCACCAAAGCAGGAGGGGGACGACACAGACGGCGACGCGUCUCGAGUCUUUCUGGAUGCUGCAAUCCUCCCAUUCUCGCAGUACGAGGUGCACCUCACCCCUCGUACGGCGGAGGAGGUAGGCGAAGUGGACCGUAUCGCCAGGGAACAGCACCUUGUGUGCUCACCGCCACCGUCGUUGGCGAAGACAUGUGUGUUCUACUUCGCCACGCGCCUCGCUGCCGAAACUUGCGUCGAUCGCGCCACUGUGGCAUCGCUGGACGCUAUCCUGAAGCGCAACGUGAAACCUGUGUGCCGCACAUGA